ACACAACCCACCCAAUCCAAGGGGGAGGAGAAGAACGAAAUCGGCUCAUCUGUGUAUUAGUUAUAUUAGUAGUAUCAUAAGGUAGGUAGGAGGUGCUUAUUUGAUAGUUAAAUCCAAAAGGAACAAAAGAAAAGAAAAGAAAAUAAAAGAAAAGAGAAAGGAGAAAGCAGAGACUAUUAUUUGAAAGCAGAAAAUGGAGGGAUGAGAAUUAGACUCGUCGGAUGGAACAAUAUCAACAGCAACAACACGGAGGAGCUGACAUAUCGUCGAUGCUGAUGAAAGGUGGCGGCACUAGUGGCAGUGGUGGAGGAGGAGAGAAGGAGUCGUGGGGGACGUGGGAGGAGCUUUUGCUAGCAUGCGCGGUGAAGCGUCACGGCGUCGACGACUGGGAGUCGGUGGCGAUGGAAGUCCAAGGGAAGACGUCUCUCCCUCAACUCCACACCACCGCCUACAACUGCAAGCGAAAGUAUCACGACCUCCAACGCCGCUUCCACCAAGCCGACGACGAUCCUGAUCCUACUAUCCCCUGGCUCCCCCACCUCAAAAACCUACGCCUCGCUCAGCUUCGUCAGGACCUCCAUCGCUACGACGUCUCUAUCAUGUCGUUGCAGUUGAAGGUCAAGAGGUUAGAGGAAGGAGAGAAAGUCGAUGAAGACCCCAAACCAGAUCUGGAGGAACAGGACUCCAAACGACGCCCCAAGGGCCACUCUGGCUCCGACUCGGACAAGGGAAGCUGCGAGACCGUCGCCAAGAAGCGGCGGCGGCAAGAGAGAGGUGAGUCCGGAAGUAGUGAGGCGCAAAGUUCGGCGAGCUUGACGCGGAAACGACGUCGCGAAUUGGAGUCGCAAGAUCAACCUAACGAACAAGUUACGGAGAAAUCAGAGCCGUUGGCUGCCAUUCUGCAGAUGAUCCGAGCGCAUCAGCAUGGCUCUUUGUUCGAGCGGCGGCUUACAAGCCAGGAGAGUGACGAGUACAAUAGUUUAGUUCAACAGCAUGUGGACCUAGAAACAGUACAAGCAAAGCUCCAAAGCCAAAAGGAUUCCUCAUCCUACAACUCUAGUUCUACGCUCACAUUCUACCGAGAUCUCCUCCUCCUUUUCACCAACGCCGUCGUUUUCUUCCCCAAAUCCUCCAUUCAAUCCGUCGCUGCGCACCAGCUCCGCCGCCUUGUGUUGAGCGAGAUGAAGAAGAGUAAUCUUAUCACGCCUGACCCUUCAUCUGGGCGGUCAGACUCCAUGCCCUCCCAAGCAACAGUGCCAACUGUUGCCGGAGCCCCGUUACCGAAACACGAGCUUGAGAGAUCAGACUCGCUGCUUGCUAAACACAAGUCAACAACACCCAUCAUUGUCUGCCGCAAACGAAGCUCUAUCUCAUCAAAGCCUUCUACCGUUGCUCGUAAGGCUAGUGCCACCACUGAUCACCCAGCAACAGAAGCGCCACCAAAUAACAGUAAGAAGCCCUCCGAUUCAAAUAAUACCGAGGAAGAUAAUAGAUUGGCUGCUGCUGCUACAACAAAAGAGAAGCCUGUAACUGGAACCAGAAGCUCAAGAAGGACAACAACUACUCAUCGUGACAAUAAUGCCAACGCUUCCUCCGCCAAGAAAAAAGAUUCGAGCCCUGCACAAACUCCCAAAGCAGCUAAGAAGAGGAAAACCCCUGAGCCAGCGACAGCCUCAGAUAAAAAGAGAAGUGGAGCUGCAGCAGCAGCCGAUUUCCUGAAAAGAAUAAAGCGUAAUUCUCCUGCGCAGCAGAAAUCAAAAGCCAAGAGUGGGACUGGCACCAGUACAAGUAGUAGAGGUGCAGAGCAGAAGAAGAGAGGAGGUAAUAAGGCUGACAAUGUUAAGGAAAGGGUGUCAAGGCAAAGUGGUGGUGAAAAUAAGAAACAAGCGAAAGAAGAAAGCAGCCCAUCCAAGCGAAGUGUAGGAAGACCGUCCAAGAAGGCAGCCGAGACGUCAGCCGCUGCCGAUGUAGUUUCACCAAAGCGAUCCAGGGAAAAUGGGGGGAAGCAGCAGCAGCAAGAAGCGUCUAAGCAGCCCAAAAAACGAUCUAGAAGAUAAACUGGCCAGAAAAGAGAAACGUUCGUCAUGCAUGCAUGGCUAUUUCGCAGUCUUGUGUAUACUGUACAACAUUAGUGAUUCCAAGAUAGGAAUAUAUGAUAGCUUAGUGUAUUCCUAGUUUUGUUACUUUUGGCACUAGAAUAGCAAUUGUAUGACUUGAAACGUCCUUUUUCUUGUAGCUACGCUUCGCUUUUGCCCUCAUCUGUGUGUGUAAACCAUGUACAAUAGUGUUCUUGUUUAUAAUUAUGA